UUUUAAUCUACCGGAAAUUAGGAUACGCAAGCGCGGAAGAAAAUUAAAGAUGGAGGUUGUUUACACUUGAUACGGAUUUGUCCCAGAGGAUUUAGGAAAAGUUUACAAUGGGGAACACGACAGUAGUUGCUUCUGGUGUCAAACAGCAAGCUGAUGCUGGGGCAAAAGAACUCUACAAUCUGGUUGACUUAAAGGGAGGUGGGGAACUUGUUGAGUUAAUGAAAAGAGCCAGGUGGACCAAAAAUUUUAAGGAGAUUGAUGACAAAAUUGCUGAAGUAAAAAACUUUCUUUAUGAUGAGGGUCGUGGAAAGAAAAUACCAAUAGUUGAUUUAGUCAUGAUGAGAAGCCAAGAGAGAGAUAGUCGCAAACCAAAAAUAGGGAAAGAUAAACGUUUAAAAGAGAGGGACCUGGCUCUUAUUGAUAUGAACUUUCCAGAUGCAGAGGCUAAUUAUUUUAGAAAUAAACCAGCUGACACCAAUUUGCCAGAUCGUAAAUAUCGUGUUGAAUGCUGGGAUAUUAACCAGAGAGGUACCGUUGGGGAAAACAUCCUCCAUAUGUGUGUAUUACUGUCAACAGCUAUCCAUGCAGAUCUUGCCAAAAGACUUAUUAAGGCCUAUCCGAAAUUACUGAAUGAUAUUUACCUGAAGGAUGAGUACUAUGGUGAGAGCGCUUUACAUUUUGCCAUUGUAAAUGAAGAUCCUGCUAUGGUUAAAUUUUUGUUGGAUCAUGGAGCUGAUUAUCAUCAGAGAGCCACAGGAAAUUUCUUCACCCCAGAUGAUCAGAAGGAAUCAAGAACAGAUUCACUAGAACAUGAGUGGGUGGACUUAUGUGAGAAAACUGAUUAUGUAGGCCAUGUAUAUUAUGGAGAAUACCCCUUGAGUUUUGCUGCCUCCCUUGGACAAGAAGAAUGUGUUCGUCUGCUUUUAGCAAAGGGAGCUAACCCUAAUCUCCAAGAUACCAAUGGCAACACAGUUAUGCACAUGUUGGUUAUUCAUGAUAAAAAGCAAUUACAGACUGAAUCACGAAACAAUGGCUUAAUUUCGAGCAAGGAAAUGUUUGACUUGUUACUAAAUAUGGGUGGAAAACUUGAUAUAAAGAAUAGACAAGGAUUAACUCCCCUUACUUUGUCUGCAAAACUACCAAGAAAAGAAAUGUAUGAGCAUAUCUUAGAGAAAGUUCGAGCAGUGAUGUGGAUUUAUGGCAAUGUAACAUGUGCUGGCUAUCCACUCAAAUACAUAGACACCAUAUCAGAAACAGGAGAAAUCAAUAAAGAUUCUGUUUUAAGUUUAGUGGUUUAUGGGGAGCAAGAGAACCACCUGAGUAUGAUGGAUGGUCUGGUUGUUAACUUACUGAAGGAAAAAUGGGUUACGUUUGCUAGGUUCAGAUUUUAUCGGAGAUUUCUGGCUUUCAUCACUUACUUUAUCAUCUUUCUUGUGGCUUUUGCUUUGAGACCCGGAGAAGAUAAAUGUCCAGGUACUGUACAAACAUUUAACCAGACAGGAAAUGGUAUGACUAAUACAACCAGUGCUCCGGCAGAUCCAUGCUUCCUUCUCAAAGCUUGUGAUACUAAUGACAAGAUACGGUGGGCUUUAGAAAUAAUCGUCCUUCUAGCUGCCAUUAUGUAUCUAUGUUUAGCUAUGAAGGAAAUUUACCAUCAAGGAUUCAAUAUAUUUUUCACAACUUUGGGUGGAGCCCCUAUGAAGAUGUUGUUCCUGUUGUCUUGUGUAUUUGUGGUGAUGAUGCUCCCUGGAAGAGCUACGUGCUCCACACAGUAUGAAGAUGUUGUGGCUGUUCUGGCUAUUUUAGGAACAGCACCUUAUUUUCUGUUCUUCUGCAGAGGUUUCAAGAUCUUAGGCCCCUUUGUUGUGAUGAUAUAUAAAAUGGUGAAGGGAGAUCUGUUGAGAUUUUUUAUCAUCUAUGUUGUCUUUAUCAUAGGAUUCUCUCAGUCAUUUUAUGUUGCCUUUAUUCAAUCAUCAUGUGAUCCUCAAACAGACCCAUGCGUAUUUAAAAAUCCAAUUGAUUCAGCCUUUGGAUCAUUUGCAAUGAAUGUUGGGGAUUUUGAGGACUUUUUUGCCACGUUUGAUUCCUCUCCAUUUCCUACGCUUGUAAAGAUAAUGUUUGCCAUAUACAUGAUCCUGGUGACAUUACUUCUAGUCAACAUGUUAAUUGCCAUGAUGGGUAACACUUACCAGCUGAUCAAUGAAACACAGAAAGAAUGGUUUAGACAGUGGGCCAAAGUAGUUCUGGUGAUAGAACAAAGUGUGACUACUGAAGAGAGAAAGAAACAAAGGUUGAAGUAUUCACAGCCCUUGCCGGAUGGUGACAGAGCCCUUGUUAUAAGGUGGCAUCAAUCUGAAAAAGAGAGAGAAGACUUGAAGGUUGCUAGAGAAGAACAGAGGAUUAAACAGAAACAGAAAAUAAUGGCAGAAAGGAAGAAAUUAAUUCUGAAAAAGACAACAAAUUUGGCAAGUAUCAUAAGCUCCACUGCUGUCAGGGAAGGCAGAAUUAAUGUAUAACACGGCGUCUUGUCUUCUGUAAUCCUGAACUUAAUCACUUGUUAUCCUUAAUGUAAUCUUGAACUUAAUGAAAUCACUUGCUGUUCUUAAUAUUCAAAAAAGGAAAUUACCACAUAUGUUUUUGCAAAAAAACGAAGCAAAUCCUGCAGUUUAUGCAAUUUGUUGUGCUUAAUUUUGUUUUUAAAUAAUGUUAUCUAUGAAGCUUGACAAAUACAUUCCAAAUAUUUUUCAUUUCAGUAAUGUUAUGAUGUAUACCGUAAUUUUUUGAAAAGACAAUUUUGAAAGAAUUUUUUUCAACGAAUGAUAUUAUAUAAUUGGAAAAAAUUUAAGACGAUUUUCUUAUAUAUAGACAUUGAUAUAGGUUUUAUUUUAUAUUUUAUUAGAAGAAUUAUGUAAAAAAAUAAUUUAAGACUAUUAUAUAUUUUUUGAGAUAAUAUUUUUAGAUAAUUUUGAUCAGAUUAAUCUUUGGUCUUUCAAAGAAUCUAGAUUUAGAAUGAGAAUUUAUUAUUUUUAAUUUUCUGUCAGACUUUUUGACAUGUACUGAAAUAUGAUUAUUUAUUAAAAACAACCAACCCACACACUUGACAUUGCUUCACUUAUAGCUCACUGUGCAAAAUAUUGUUAUUUUUCACAUAACAAAGUAACUAAUAUCAAGAUAUAAUAGUAAUUCACAGCAUCUGUGUUUGUAAAAAAAUCACAAUUUGUGGUUAACCCUAGUUAUUUUAUAGUAGAGACUAGUAUGUUUUCAUUAAAUCCUGUUUCUGUUUUAAAAUUUUAAAAUUUAAUAAAUUUAAAUUUAUGAAAAAAGAUAACAGGAUAGGUGAUAUUUUUUACUGAACAUUCAAUCAAAGAUAACAGGUUUACCAUUCAAGUGAAAAUAUAUAACUCAGAAUAUUUUAUGUUCAGUAAGACAAAAUGUAAUUAUAUACAUGUAUAAGCAUUUACUGAUUUUACUUCCUAUUUAAAAAGCACUAGGUGUAGAUUUAGAGUAAAAAUGAUAUUAAUGAAAAUCUCCAAAUUAUGUUUUAUAGUGAUAUAUAUACAUGUAUAAGCACUUAAAAUUUAUUUGGUAAAAGUUUACAAAAUUUAUUAUUAUACAAAAUGUACUUAUCUAAAUUCAUAUGUUACAUGAAUUGUUAUUUCAAUCAUGGAAGUUUGUACAAAAUUACAGUAUACUGAUUCAGAGGAUAUAAUUGGGUGUACCAUUUGGUGCAUUUCAAAAUUUAUUUACCUUUGUAGAGAAUAGAUAACAUUAAAAUUAAACAAUUUUUACAUAUUUUUGCAAUACUUUUCCAUGAAAAAAAUAUAUCAUGUCAAUAAAUAAACUGUACUGGCUUAAUUCCCUUGUAGACUUUGCAGCCUACUUAGAGUUUUCUAGAAUUGAGAAAAAAAGAUGCAAUGUUUUUUUAAUUUGCACUAUUGAUAUGAUUUAAAGUUAAGAGAAAAAUAAUUAUAUAUUUUAUAUCUAAGUCAUUCCCAUUGUAUAUUUCUGUGAUAAAUGAUUUACUGCUGAUUAAUAUUUUUAGCAUUAUUCCGUCCGAAUGAUCGGUAUAAUUUAUGAUAUAUACAUAUUUUUAAACAUAAUAUUAAAGAUAAACUUGACUGCUGAUUAUUAUGUUUGAAACGUACAUUUAUAAAUGGAUAUUUGUUAUGUUAUAUUUUAUAUUGAUGUGUACUAUCAAAUUUUUACAUUCCUGAUUAUUUACAUGUUAAUAUUCAACAAACUAUAAAUGUGCAUUUUUUGUGCAAAAAUGUUUUUUUUAUUGUAUUAAACUAGUUUCACAACUAAUUUCCACAUGUGUCUAUUAAUUGUUCCUUAACAAUUGUUUUGUAUCAUUUUAAAUUCACAAUGCACUUAGAUAUAUGAAUAAAGGUGACUGUUUAUUGUCUUUAUUCCUAUACAGAUGUAUCAUUUAAAGUUUUUCCUUGCAGAAAAUUUCAAAAUGUAAAAAAAAUGAUUCUAGAAAGAGGUACAUGUACAAUGUAUUUUAACACUUGCUACAUAUUGAAAUCAAAAAUAGUCAUCCAUAACUCUGCAUCAUCUGAGAUUUAUUGAUAAGUUUGAUUUUAGUAAUUAUCAAUGGUUUUAAAAUUACUAUUUAUAUUUUUGAAAAUAUGAGUAAAAAUAUUUUUUAAGGGAGUUCGCUUCUCAGUUUCAAAAUAGUUAACUUUUCAAAACACUAGUUUAUAUUGAUAAGGGAAUAAUAAUGGAAUUAAAAUAGGAAAAAAUAUAUAUAGGUCAAUGUGCUUGUUUUUCAGAUAAUAGCCAUCAAAAUUUUGGCGGGGAAAUAUUCUCGACUUUUCAUACUUUAUCGUUGACAAGGUUAAGUUCUAAAAAACUAUUAAAAAAUAAUUAAAAUUUUAUAAGACUUUUACAGAAGGCUUAUCAUUAUACAUGUAAAAGAUUUAUAAAAAGAAAAAUGGGGGUCAGUGGGCAAUUAUUUUUUAACAUUCAUAUGGAUAAAACCAGAGGAUUCUGAAAAUCUGACAGAAAUCCCAUUACAUGACAAGCGAACUUCCUUAAAUUAAUUUUCUUAAUUCACAAGUAGAGGUUAAUGCUUUUUUAACUAUGAGGAGUCAAACUUUGUUGAUUCCAAAUCUGAUUUAACUUUUCAAUCUUUCAUUCUAUACAUUUUUGAAUCAUUCAACACAUGGAUAAUUGACAAAAUAAACAUCAAAUGUAAAUUGCUUUUAGUCAUGUUAGUCAUGUAAACAUAACUUAUCUAAUGUAAAAUACUUAUUUUAUUGGACUUUAGUUAGUUGAUCCACUUUUGCUAAAAAAUAAUGUAAUAUUUAUUUAUUUUUAUUGUAGGCUAGUCUUUUGAAAAUGGGUAAAAAAUAACCUGAUUUAUAUGUAUUUAAUGUAUGCAUUUAAUAUUUGUCAUGUGAAUCUGUGCUGUUAUCAAUGUGACUAAUUGUCUACAGGUUUUAUGAAUAAAAUAAUUCAUUUUUAUUGUGUUAAUGUAAACCUAUUAAAAUUCAUGACAUACCGGUAAUUUGAAUGUUUAGUAUAAAAAACAUUGCAGGAAGUUCUAAUUUUAAUGUAUGUAAUGUUGUUGACCCUUUUGAUUUUGAUUUGAAUUAUUAAGCCUGAAAACCUAGAUUCUUCUGCAUUCUUUGCAAUUGGUAAUAUCUUGGAAAUAGAGAUCAAGGUCAUGAUCUAAAUUAUGACCUUCGCCUCUUAUCACAUCUCCUCUGAAACUAUAAGAGAUAGAUAUAAAACUGGUACAAAAACUUUGUGUUAAUGAAAUACAAAUUUGUUCCAUUAUGUUUGAAGCAAACUAAGUUCUUUUAAACUUCUGACAAAGGACCUAGAAACCAUGUAUUUUUGGAAUAGAAAUAAAGUAACCCAACAUUCUAGUAUCAUUAAUCUGUUAGACAUGAAGUUACAAAUUAUCUCCCUCAUGUCAAGAAAAAGGACAUAGAAAACAUGAAUUUUUGGAAGUAUUGAAAAGUAAGCUGAUAGUUGACAUUUAAAGUUACUUUUUUCUAAUACUAGAGAAGCUCUUUAUUAAUUUUGUCCUUAUUUCAUAAUAA